AUGAAAUUAAAAUCAAUCACAACAUUAUUUUUAAUAAUCUUUCUUUAUAUUCUAAUCGUUCAUCCUAACAUUGGAUUAUCUCAAAGAUCAACGAUAAAAAAGAAAUUGAGUAAAAGAGAUGCAUACAAAGAAAAAUAUAUUAGAUUAAAAGGUUCAAAUUGUAAACUUUCGGGAAUGAUUAAAUUCAGUCCAAGACAUAAUACUGAUGAACUCUUUGGAAUAAUUAUGUUUAAAGAAGUUAUACUAGAUGAUGAUCUGCAAACACAGAUUGAUGGAUUUCUCACGACACCUAUUGGAAUUGAUGGAUUAAAGACAGAAGAAGGAAAAUAUGUUUAUACGGCAGGAAUUUUUAAAGAAAAUGAAAAGAUUUAUGACAUAACCGAACCAUUAUUUCGAGGAGCAGUAGAAUUAGUCACAAAAGUACCUAAAACAGUGAAUUUGACAAUUUGUGGAGAAAAUUCAAUAAUUGGAAAAACAUUGGCACUAAAUCGUGAACAGUUUCGAAAAUAUAUACGCAAAAGGAUAAAUCGUGAAAUUGUCGUCGCUUAA